AAUUUCCUCUCAAGUGAGCACAGUCAGUAUUUACUUUACCGUCUACAGACACACACAUCUUGAAUUAUCUCUUAUUUAUAUUGUGUUAUAUUGUUGCGAAGUGAUAGUGAACUUUUUACACAAAAAGCAAAAUGGUGCAACGUAUAGCAACGCAGGUCACAGCACCGGACAAAGAAGAUAGUAUAGCAAAUUUAAUCGGACAAUUUGGGAGAUGGCAAUUCUUGGUGUUCGCAACUGUCUCCCUUGUGAAACUAUCCUCGGGAUGGGUUCAAAUGGCAAUACUCUUUCUUACCCCGAAGCUAACAUUUUGGUGUGUGGAAUUCAGGAAUGAGUCAGCAUAUUUAGCUCCAGUCGUGGAGAACUCCACUUGCUACGCCGAUUGCUUAAAGUACGAUUAUGAUGCGUCUCCUUUUGAUAAUACAAUUGUGUCGGAAUGGGAUCUGGUUUGUGAGAGAAGCUGGUUGGCUAGUUUCACGCAAAUGGUGUUGCAACUGGGAAUACUUCUUGGAAGUAUUGUCUUUGGAUUUCUUUCUGACCGGUAUGGCAGAAAAAUUACCUUCCUUAUAUCCAUCACGUUUCUAGUCCUGCUGGGAUUUGCUAUCCCUUUCUCACCAAAUUACGCCACCUUCACUGUAAUUCGUUUCUUCUGGGGAGUCGCAACGUCUGGAACUAUGGUGGUCUCUUUCGUCAUCGUAAUGGAGACAAUUGGAUCAAACUACAGGGAAAUGCUCGGAUGCCUGUUCCAAAUUCCGUUUAUCAUUGGUCAUAUGACUGUACCGCUCUUCGCGUAUUACUUCAGAAGCUGGGAUUCUUAUAGUUUGGCUAUGGCUGUACCACCACUGAUCUAUUUGAUGUAUUUCUUCUCUUUGACUGAAUCUCCGAGGUGGCUACUCAGCGUGGGAAGAGUAGAUGAAGCAGCCAAAAUUGUGAAGAAAGCAGCUGAAUUAAACGGUCUACCAACAACUAAAAUUGAUGAAACUCUAAAGCAACUAUCAGAAGACAUCCGUUCUAAAUCACAGGAAGGCCGUGCGAACUAUACCGAUCUUUUGAGACCAGCCCUCCUAGUGAAGACCAUCUGCUGCUGCGUUAUGUGGACUAUCGUGGGUUUAACCUUUUAUGGAUUCAACCAGUACAUUAGUCAGACCAGGCCGGAUCCUUUUGUGACUGUGGCAGCGGCGGGGGCCAUACAGAUUCCAUCCAACAUAAUAUCUAUAUGGCUGAUCAAGCGCUUCGGGAGGAAACUAACAAUCGCCGUAGCAUUUAUCCUCGGCGGCAUAUGUGUUUUAAUCUUGGGCGUAGUUCCUAAAACCUACGCGAUUACACUCACCCUUGGCACUUUAGGUGUCAGCUGCACGGCUAUCGUAGCCGCCUCUAUCUAUAUCUACACGUCAGAAUUGUUCCCCACAGUCGUACGAAAUAUGUCAAUGGGAGCAUGCUCUAUGUGCAUGAGAAUAGGGUCCAUGAUUGCUCCGUUUAUUUCAAAUUUGUCGUUAACAGUUCCAUGGUUACCGACUGUGGUGUUUGGCUUCGCGGCUAUAGCUGCUAGCGUUAUGUGCUUGUUCUUACCAGAGACGAAAGGCACUACGUUACCGGAUAGUUUAGAAGAUGUUAGCAAAUAGUCUGAUAUAAUGCUAAUAAUGUGCAUUAAGCGAAAUUUCUGCUGUAUCUGUAAGUAUAGUAUCGAUUGAGAUACAGUGUACCCAAGGUGAUCAAAAAGCCUUAAUCGUGAAGGACUCUCAAUGAUUAGAAACAGAUACGAGGAAAAGCCAAUAUGUUAAUGAUUUUAACAUAUUUUAAUGUUUUAUAGAUUUGUGAAUUGUGAUAUUAUUAUUAAGAUUAUACUAUAUUCUUACUGCCUUUCUUUAUUUUGAUAAGAACCAUCUAUGCACCGUUGCAAAUAAUAAAAAUGAGGAUG